AUGUCGUCUAAUCCCGGCGCGGCGGUACCGACUCAACGACCGGUUACCUCCAAGUCUCGGGGCAUCUGCAAGUACUACGCCACACAACGUGGUUGCUUUGCUGGAUCUGCGUGCAAAUUCUUGCAUGGGCCAUCAGAGACGUAUACACCUUACGACAAGGCAAAGUCAUGCAGAUUCUUCGCUGCGGGGUUCUGUAAGCGGGGCAGUGAAUGCUGGUUUGCUCACAUCAAGGGAAAGGACAAGGGGGCCAUUGAAGAUGAAGACGAUCUUUGUUCUAUCUGUUUCGAUAAGCCUGUCACGUGCCGUCAGUCCGCCCGGCAUAUCAUUCCGUCGUCCAAGUUUUACGCUCAAGGCCAAGAAGAGAAGGACGUCGCCAUGGCACGAUAUUUGGCAAGUAUGAACAGAAUACCAUGCAGGUAUUUCCAGCGAUCGCUCGCAACCAAAUCCGGACGGCCUUCCUGUCCCUUCGGAAAGGAUUGCUUUUAUCAGCACCGUAAUUUAGACGGCACGCCGCACAAAUUCUCGGAAGGCCACAACCCGCAUAAUCGAGCUGACCACAUGCUCGCAUCACUCUCUGGAGAAAUAGCGGACUGGACAGCCCAAUUCACUGAUGAGACAAUACCUGCUCUUGAGGCCAUCCCGCAUCCAUCUACAAACCACGCCGAUGCGGAGGGUUCCGUGAAUAACGCAGACGACACGCCCUCCCGAGCCUCUGUGUCUGACAACGUGGAUGAGGCUGAUGAAGAGGCAGAAGAGUCCAGUUCCGAUGUCGAGUUGCUGCUUUCCACCCCCAGUCCCUUGAAUUCUCGCCUGUCCCCGUCUCUAUAUCAUCUUUCACCCGUCGAGCCCCCACCAUCCUCACUUCCCGAAUCUGGCGAGACCGUUAAUAGUGAGAUAGAGUUACAACCGACCGCCCGCGAUCCUCCUUUUGUGACUGACGGUCGAGGAAGGGUCGUUUGGAGCCGUGCAUCACAGCAGAGCGGUCUACUGACUGAACCAGCACCAGGACAACCUGAACCUGGAAGUGCCAGCGAUCACACAGAUCGCAGUAACGUCAACGAUUCGACUGAUUCGUCUCAGGAACAUCCAGACACCAUGAAGAGCGAAGAGAUCAAGUCGAGGACUGAUGACGACAGUGAAAAAUCUGCACUCAUUCACUCUCACUUGUCACCCAACCUCUCCAUGUCGGGUUCUCCGCGGCUUGUCGACUCUUUUACGGCUUCAAAGGAAAUUCUGCAGGAGUUCGCAGAUCUUGCGGAGGAGGAGAAUGUCGACCCUUUCGCGGAAACGGCUUCCAAGCGUCAAAUUGCUGCCCGUCAGUCUGACUACCACAACCGACGCUUCGACCGAGUCGGUGUUGCGAGCGGUGACGCGUUCGCUGAGAAUGGGGAGCAGACUGAGGGGGGCUACAAGGACGCUAUGCGACUCUCUCGGCUAGAGCAGGAAGAGUUGCGUGUGAAGAGGGCCAUCCAGGACAAGGAGCGGCAAGAGAGAGAGGAGGGCAAGCUGAAAAUGGACCUUGACAAGACGCCGCCUGCCUCGGAGCUCGACGAUGUUGCCAUGGAGCUCGCUGCUGCCAAGGAGCUUGCGACGGCCCAGCUGGAGUCGGGCAAACGCAAGCGGAGAUGGGAUGCAGGACCUGCCGACGAAACGACCAACCCGGCCAAUACUGGUGAAUGGUCGAAUGAGUCCAUCGAAGAGUCUGCUCCCAAGAAGCGUCGCUCGCGAUGGGAUGAUACUGCCGGCCAAACUGCUCCUGGAGAAACAUCGAAACGUUCUCGAUGGGACCAAACGCCCAUGGCAGCAAGCGGCGGUGUUGAGACACCCAUGGUUCCCAUCAUUAUGAAUGCGCCCGGAAUCAUGCAGGACGACAAACACAACCGAUACAUGACGGACGAAGAGCUCGAUUCGUUACUUCCCGCAACGGGAUAUCUGCUCGUCACCCCUCCCGCAGGCUACGCCCCCACCAUCGCACCUCGUCGCCUGAUGGCUACUCCAAUCGGCGACCAGUCUGGAUUCCACAUGCAGGAAGGCUCUGAUGCUGCCGCGGCUGCGGCUGCAGCGGGUUUAGCUCCUGAGCUCCCAACGGAAAUUCCCGGCGUGGGAAAUCUCGCGUUCUUCAAAGCCGAGGACGCUCAAUACUUUGCCAAAAUUCUAAAGGAAGAGGACGAGACCGAGCUUUCUGUUGAGGAGAUGAAGGAGCGUAAGAUCAUGCGCUUGCUUCUCAAAAUCAAGAACGGAACGCCUCCCGUCCGAAAGACAGCGCUGCGACAAAUCACCGACAAGGCUCGGGAGUUCGGUGCUGGCCCCCUCUUCGACAAGAUUCUCCCGCUCCUCAUGGAACGCACGCUGGAAGAUCAGGAACGACACUUGCUUGUCAAAGUCAUCGACCGGGUGCUGUACAAACUAGACGACCUGGUCCGACCCUAUGUCCACAAGAUUCUCGUCGUCAUUGAGCCGCUGUUGAUCGACGAGGACUACUAUGCUCGUGUUGAAGGGCGCGAAAUCAUCUCCAAUCUGUCCAAAGCCGCUGGUCUGGCGCAUAUGAUUUCGACCAUGCGUCCGGACAUUGACCAUGCCGACGAGUACGUGCGAAACACUACUGCGCGAGCCUUCUCGGUCGUGGCCUCUGCUCUGGGUAUCCCGCAGCUGCUGCCUUUCCUCAAGGCUGUCUGUGGCUCCAAAAAGUCGUGGCAAGCUCGGCAUACCGGUAUCCGUAUCGUGCAGCAGAUUGCCAUCAUGAUGGGAUGUGCUGUGCUGCCGCAUUUGCGCAAUCUUGUCGACUGUAUCGCCCGGGGCCUGUCUGACGAACAGCAGAAGGUCCGGACGAUGACAGCUCUGGGCCUGGCUGCGUUGGCAGAGGCUGCUGCACCUUAUGGCAUUGAAUCGUUUGACAAUGUUCUCAAGCCGUUGUGGACGGGCAUUCGUCUGCACCGAGGCAAAGGUCUCGCUGCCUUCCUCAAGGCCAUCGGAUAUAUCAUCCCGCUGAUGGACCCCGAGUACGCAUCGUACUACACGAAGGAAGUCACCAUCAUCCUCAUUCGCGAGUUCCAGACGUCAGACGAAGAGAUGAAGAAGAUCGUGCUCAAAGUAGUUCAGCAGUGCGCUGCGACCGAGGGUGUCACUCCAUCAUACAUCAAACACGACAUUCUCCCCGACUUUUUCCGCUCGUUCUGGGUCCGUCGGAUGGCGCUGGAUCGCAGGAACUACCGCCAAGUUGUCGAGACCACCGUCGAGCUUGCCGAGAAAGCUGGCGUCGCGGAAAUCGUUGGCCGGAUCGUCAAUGAGCUCAAGGACGAAGCUGAGCCCUACCGAAAGAUGGUGAUGGAGACAAUCACCAAAGUGGUCGAGAAGCUGGGGGCGUCGGACAUUGACGAGCGACUGGAGGUCCGGCUCAUCGAUGGGAUCAUCUACUCGUUCCAGGAGCAGACCACUGAAGACCAAGUCAUGCUGGAUGGGUUCGGGACAGUCGUCAACGCCCUGGGCAUCCGUGUUAAGCCGUAUCUGACCCAGAUCGUGUCUACCAUCCUUUGGCGACUCAACAACAAGAGCGCCAAGGUCCGACAACAGGCUGCCGAUCUGACGACGCGUCUCGCCAUCGUCAUCAAACAGUGCGGCGAGGACCAGUUACUGAGCAAACUCGGUCUCGUGCUCUUCGAACAACUUGGAGAGGAGUACCCCGACACGCUCGGCAGCAUCAUCGCAGCCGAAGGUGCCAUCGCGAAUGUUGUUGGUAUGACUCAAAUGAACCCGCCUGUGAAGGAUCUACUGCCUCGAAUGACCCCUAUCUUGCGUAAUCGACACGAAAAAGUGCAAGAGGCCUCUAUCAAUCUGAUUGGUCGUAUCGCUGAUCGCGGUGCUGAAUUCGUUCCUGCUCGAGAGUGGAUGCGGAUCUGCUUUGAGCUGCUCGACCUGUUGAAAGCCCACAAAAAGGGUAUCCGACGAGCUGCAGUCAACUCCUUUGGGUACAUCGCGAAGAGCUUGGGUCCUCAGGACGUCCUCUCCGUGUUGCUGACCAAUCUGCGUGUCCAAGAACGUCAGAGUCGGGUCUGCAGUACCGUAGCCAUCGCCAUCGUUGCCGAAACAUGUGGUCCUUUCACGUGCAUUCCCGCCAUCCUGAAUGAAUACCGGACCGCAGAGCUGAAUGUCCGGACCGGCUGUUUGAAAGCGCUGUCUUUCGUGUUUGAGUAUGUGGGCCCGCAGUCAGCCUACUACUGUGACUCUGUCGUGACGAUGCUCGAGGACGCUUUGACCGACCGUGACUUGGUCCAUCGACAGACCGCCAGCACGAUCGUCAAGCAUCUCGCUCUCGGUGUCGCCGGCCUAGGCUGCGAAGAUUCCAUGCUGCAUCUGAUGAACCUCGUCUGGCCCAACUGCUUUGAGACCUCGCCCCACGUCAUUGGCGCUGUCAUGGAUGCCAUCGAGGCUAUGCGAGUCACGCUGGGCCCCGGGAUCCUGCUCAGCUAUGUUCUGCAGGGUCUUUUCCAUCCCGCUCGCAAGGUCAGAGAGGUGUACUGGAGGAUUUACAACGCCUUGUACCUCGGCGCGGCCGAUGCCAUGGUCCCCUUUUUCCCCGAUCUCAGCGAGUUGAGCGAGGGAACUAACAGCUACGAUAAACACGCCUUGCAAAUGUUCAUUUAAUGUGUAUAUGUAUCUUGUGCGGCUCCUUCAUUGUACAUACAAUGAUAUACAUGAUGCUUCUGAAUAUGCUCUUACUAGUGGGGGUUGAUCACGUGAAUCCACGCCUCUUGCCCUUGACGGCCGACACGACAUUGAGCCAUCGCAGACCCCGGCACGACUUCUUUUUCACGUCACCUCUUCCCUCAGGUCGAUCUCGCCUACUCUCUCGGGCUAGCUCCCAGGCAUGGUCUAUCACAACCUCAAAGCGCUCAUCAAGGGCAUCCGUGCCUGCAAGACAGUCGCAGAUGAGCGCGCGCUCAUCCAGCAAGAGUCCGCAGCCAUAAGAACAUCCUUCAAGGAGGAAGACUCGUUCGCGCGACACAACAACAUCGCAAAGCUCCUGUAUAUCCACAUGCUCGGGUCGCCGGCGCACUUUGGCCAAAUCGAAUGCCUGAAGCUCGUCGCGAGCCCGCGUUUUGCAGACAAGCGGCUCGGAUAUCUCGGAAUCAUGCUCUUGCUCGACGAGAGCCAGGAGACGCUGACCUUGGUCACCAAUUCGCUCAAAAACGACAUGAACCACUCGAAUAUGUACGCGGUCGGCCUCGCACUAUGCACCUUUGCCAACAUUGCGUCGGAAGAGAUGUCGCGGGAUCUAGCCAAUGAGAUUGAGAAGCUGUUGGGCUCCAGCAACACCUACAUUCGCAAGAAGGCUGCUCUCUGUGCGCUGCGCGUGAUCAAGAAAGUACCCGAACUGGCGGACCAUUUCACCGCGAAGGCCAAGAACUUGCUUACUGACCGCAACCACGGUGUUCUCCUCUCCUCCAUCACACUGGUGACGGAAAUGUGUCUGAUAGAGACUACCAUCCGGGAUGAGUUCCGAAACGCCGUUCCUCUGCUGGUCCGGAAUCUGAAAUCGCUCGUGACGACUGGGUACAGCCCCGAGCACGAUGUGUCGGGCAUCACCGAUCCCUUCUUGCAGGUCAAGAUCCUGCGUUUGCUCAGGCUGCUCGGACAAGGCGAUGAGAAGGCUAGCGAAGCGAUGAACGAUAUCCUGGCCCAAGUUGCGACUAAUACUGACUCGACGAAGAACGUCGGAAACUCGAUCCUGUACGAAACUGUGUUGACUGUGCUGGACAUCGAAGCGGACACGGGUUUGCGGGUGAUGGCGAUCAACAUCUUGGGCAAGUUCUUGAGCAAUCGCGACAACAACAUCCGUUACGUGGCCCUCAACACGCUGAACAAGGUGGUUUCGAUGGACACCAACGCCGUGCAGCGUCACCGGAACAUCAUUCUCGACUGUCUUCGCGACGGCGACAUUUCAAUCCGCCGACGAGCGCUGGAGUUGUCCUACGCCCUCAUCAACGAACAGAACGUCCGUGUGCUCGUGCGCGAGCUGCUCGCCUUUCUCGAGGUGGCCGACGACGAAUUCAAGCUGGGCAUGACCACCCAGAUCUCGUUGGCAGCCGAACGGUUCGCGCCCAACAAGCGGUGGCAUAUCGACACUGUGUUGCGCUUCCUCCGGCUGGCCGGCAACUUUGUUCGCGAGGAGAUUCUCUCUGCGUUCAUUCGACUGGUUGCGCACACGCCUGAGCUGCAGGCUUACACCGCGUCGAAGCUGUACACGGCGUUGACUGCAGAUAUCUCUCAGGAGUCUCUGACUCUCGCUGCGACCUGGGUGAUUGCCGAGUACAGCGAGCUCUUGCUCGAAGGUGGCAUCGUGGAAGAGGAAACCCACAAAUCCGUCUCUGACAAGGAUCUGAUUGACCUGCUCGUGUCGAUUCUGGACUCGCCUUACGCCAACCAGCUCACGCGACAAUUUGUCUUGACCGCUGUGACCAAGAUAUCCUCUCGUCCGACAGUCACUGUGGCGCAGCAAGACCGCAUCUCGGAAUUGCUGGCGCAGUAUGCAACGAGCCCAGAACUCGAGCUCCAGCAACGGGCAGUUGAGUUUGUGAGUCUCUUCAAUCUGGGCGGAGACAUGAAAGAGGGUGUUCUCGAGAAGAUGCCACCGCCAGAACUGAAGGUGACUGUGAUCGGAGUUGGCAAUGAACAGAAGCCAGUCGGCUCGACAAGAUCAACUGCUGUCGACGAUCUCAUCGGUUCCGCCGACGAUCUGGUGCAAAGCCCGGUCAACGGCAGCGCUUCAGCUCAGAACAACGCUGACCUCUUGCGCGAUAUAUUCGGCAGUGUAUCAGAUCAACCUGCAGCCGCACCAGCCGCAGCCCCUCGCUCCACUGUGGACGAUAUCAUGGGGCUGUUCGGUUCUCCGCCUGUGACUGCUCAAGCUGCUCCUCCGCCUGCCCCCGCUCCGACAUCAGACCCGAUGUCGAUCUUCAAUUUGGCAGCCGCGCAGCCGGCUCAGCCACCUCCGCCACCAGCUGCGCCGCGGCUGACGUCGUAUACGGCGUACGAGAAGAACGAGCUGAAGAUCACGUUGACGCCGCAGACGUCGCCGACUCAGCCGGGGACUGUGAUGAUCAUGGCGCGCUUCCAGGUCACAGGCAGUAAUGACGCAACGGGAAUCAGCUUCCAGGCCGCCGUUCCAAAGUCGCAACAACUCCAAAUGCUGCCCAUGUCCAACACAGACGUGAAGCCAGGAGCCGCCGAAACUCAGCGCAUGAAAGUCGUUGCACCAGUCGGGAGCGCCGUGCGACUGCGACUGCGAAUAUCGUUCUCGAUUGCUGGGAAUGCGGUGCAGGAGCAAGUAGACUUUUCAGGCUUCCCGCCAAAUUUGACGACGGCGGGGACGUGAUAUUAUUUGAUUUUCCUUCUCUCCAUAUCGUGAGCCUGUGAAGUCGUGAGUCUAGUGGAUUGCGACACACCAAUACGACUGAGAAAUGAGAUCUCGAGGGACCAUGAUGUCGCGACUACGAGUGUAUUGGAUCGCUUUCUUGUAGUGGUCCAUCCGGUCCUGGGCAUUUUUGGAAUAUUUUGAUCCAUGCAGUGAACAUACUUGCACAGAUGGUGGCUUUCCUACAGUAGAUGGCUCUAAAUCCGUGGGCAGACUUGGCCGAAACUAACCCGUAGCUGUUGGUAAGGUAAGUUACCUUACCUUAGAUUCGUUGAAGUGCCCCGGGCCGGCAGUCGUGUUGAUGCCCGGAAGGACCGACAUACUGCAAGUAAGCGCUCUGUGCUGUGCCACAGUCCGGAUUUGUGUCUUGUCUUCUCCCAACUACUCAUCGGCCGAUGAAGCUGUCCGCCAAGUUGGGUCUCCUGACCGAUCUCAGAGCCGCGUUCGCGGUUGCUUUCAUCCCGACCCUCAAGCACCUAUGGGCAAACCCGCUGCUGCUCUUACGCCCUGCUACUCUGUCGAGAUUCUUCAUGAAUCAAGUCUGGACGGCGUUUGGCGCGCCCACAGAUGAGAUGGGUCGACCGGUCAAGCAGGAUCUCAUCUCACCGUAUGCGAAGGGGGGCGUGCUUGACAUUGGCGCAGGCCACGGCCAUACCAUCGACUACCUUGACCGCACCGCCGUGGAUGUCUAUAUUGCCCUGGAGCCGAAUGCACUAAUGCACGAGCACAUCCGAGCACGAGCCAAUGCCGCCGGCUUCCACGAGGAAAACGGAAAGCUUCUCAUUCUCCGGGGCUGUGGCGCUGAGAAUAUCAAUGUCAUCCGUGAACAACUCGACACUGCUGGGACAAAAGUCGACACAAUGAUAUCAAUAUUGACGCUCUGCAGUAUCCCUGACCCACAAGAAACUCUCCACCGGCUGGUGGCUGAGGUUCUUGUUCCGGGAGGCCAGUUUCUCUUCUAUGAGCAUGUGCUCAGCCCCCUGCCCGAGGUCGCCUGGUGGCAGCGGUUUUGGACUCCGAUAUGGCAGUUUGGAUUCGACGGAUGUCGUCUCGACCGGCCUACUCAUCUGUGGAUAGAAAACAUGCCAGGUCCGGAGGGCAGGGGCAUGUGGAAGGAUGGGAAAGUCUGGGGGAAAGACGGGGAACCUGACGAGCAUCUCUUCUGGCAUAGAGCAGGGAGAUUUAUCAAACACUCGGGCUCGUGAAUAUACUUUAUUCCAAGCCGUUUGUCCGAGCGAUCACUCUCUUGCAUCUCGAAUUUCCACUGGGUAAUCAAUUGAAGUCCAACAGCAACGAUAUCGACAUUUCAAUCAGCCCGGUUGCCCAUAGUUUGUGUCCUCUCGAGCGUGAUGGCUGGGCAGAAGGCCUGAUCAUGUCACGUGUGCGCGCUUUAUCGAUUCCCUGCUUCAUUUCAUUUGCACUGCAUUGCGCAGAGUACAUAGUCAUUCUAUUCCGCAGACCAUCCAACAUCCUUCUUCUAUUUCCACCACAUCCAUGGCUCAGAACCCUAACGAAGAUACAGAGUGGAAUGACAUUCUGCGGAAACACGGUAUCAUCGCACCAAAGACCCCACCUCCUCGCACCCCGUCUCCUCCCGCACCGCUCACUCUUGACGAGCUUCUCGAGGACUUUACCCCCGAAGAGCUGGGGGAACUGGCUGAUGAUACGCACAACGAAGAAGAUCUGCGCCGCAUCGAAGAGAUGCGCAGCCAGAGGCUGGAAGAGGAGCGCACGGCGAACAAGCAUGCCAGGUUUGGGCGCGUGUAUCCUAUCGGGCGAGAAGACUACACGAGAGAGGUCACCGACGCAAGUUUAGAGGAGGAUCCAGCAGAUGUGGCAGCCCUCGCGGAGGACGACGAGGAUGAAGACGACGACGACAAACCCAAACGUCUCGGGGGGACUCCGGUCGUGUGCAUACUGUACAAACCUGGGCUACCGCGUUCGGACGCGUUCCUCACGCAGGUGAACGCUCUUGCGGCUCGUUAUCCGCGCACGAAAUUCGUCUCCAUCGUCGGCGACAAAUGCAUACCCGAUCUUCCGGACGCUCGGGUGCCCAUGUUCAUCGUGUAUCGCAGAGGGAAUCUAAUACAUCAGGUGAUGGCAUGGGGCAAGGAUCGACCGCGGAGACCAGAAGAAUUCGAAGCGUUGCUUCUCGUUGUUGGGGCACUUCAUCCUCCCGACCGUCUGCCACCUCCUGCGGAACGCGAAUCAGAUGACGAGUCAGAAGAAGAGGACGGGCUUCCCCGUCGUUCGGCCGGUGCAUUGACCAACGGAAAGCGCGAGAAAAAUAUCCGAAAGCGGGAAGAUGAUGACGACGACGAUUUCGA